UGGACAACUGUGACCCCAAAAUCCAAUCGCCAAAUGUGAACCUGUCACCCUGUCAGCAACUCAACACAGUUGACGAAGUUAUUCCACUCUCCGUUUGAAAUUAGUCUUUUGCUCUUUUCUUUUUCCAUCUCUCAUCGUCUUCAUGACAUUAAGUUGCUGAUAGAGAUACAUACACUAACUGACAAAAUAGAAACCCCGAGCUUUCAUCAUCUCUCACCGACUUAUGGGGUUCGCACUCCGACACUAAUAACCAAGAAUCUCAAUCGAAGUUCGAGUCUUUGAGCCGAAACCGCAAAUGGGUUCGAUUUGUUUUCUCAUUUCUCUGUUUCUUGUGCUCGGGUUUUCUAGACCACCAUGUGUUGAUGGCAACGCCGAGCUCGGAGCACUGCUGCAGCUGAAGGCCUCGCUUGACCCGGAAGGCAAGUACUUGGGUUCAUGGACUGAAGAUGGUGAUCCGUGUGGUGGAACAUUUGAAGGUGUGGCUUGUAAUGACAAGAGCAAAGUUGCUAAUGUAUCUUUGCAGGGGAAGGGUCUUUCCGGUAGAGUCUCGCCGGCGGUGGCACAGCUCCGGUGCUUGUCGGGUCUGUACUUGCACUAUAAUAACUUGUCAGGGGAGAUUCCUAAAGAGAUUGGAGCUUUGACUGAGCUUACUGAUCUUUAUCUCAAUGUGAAUAGUCUCUCUGGGGGUAUACCUCGUGAGAUUGGGAACAUGACUAGUCUUCAAGUUUUACAGCUAUGUUGUAAUCAGCUGAAUGGGAGCAUACCUACACAGAUGGGGUCGUUGACAAGGUUAAGUGUUCUUGCUUUGCAGUAUAACAGAAUAACUGGUCAGAUUCCUGCAAGCUUGGGGAACUUAGGCAUGUUCAAAAGGCUUGAUCUAGGCUUCAAUAAGUUCUUUGGUACAGUUCCUGAAAAGUUAGCUGGCAUACCAUCUCUGGAAGUGUUGGAUAUACGAAAUAAUUCUCUGACUGGAGUGGUGUCUCCUGCUUUCAAGAGAUUAAAUGAAGGGUUUGAGUCUGCAAACAAUCCAGGCCUUUGUGGAGUUGGAUUUUUAACACUGAGAGCUUGCACAUCUUUUGACAUGGACAGAGUGAAUGUCGAUGGACUGCCACUUGGACCAAUCUUAAAUGGUACAGCUAGUACUGCUCCUCCAAAAGCCAACCCUGAAUCAGUAGACACGAACACCCAUUGCAACCCAAACUGCACAAAGUCGACCAAGCUUCCGCGAGCUGCUGUUAUUGCAGGAGUUAUUUCACUCAUUAUCACUUUAACUGGAGGCAUAUUUCUGGCUCUAGUGCGGAAUAGACGUAAGAAACAAAAGAUUGGGAAUACAUCUGAUCCUUCUGACGGUCAGCUUAGCACUGAUCAGGCCAAGGAGUACUACAGAAGAAGUCCAUCUCCACUUGUGAGUCUUGAGUACUCUAAUGCAUGGGAUCCGUUGGCCGAUGGGCGUAAUGGCCUUGGUUUCUCUUUCUCUCAGGAGUAUCUAAAAGGAUAUUGGUUCAACAUGGAAGAUGUUGAGUCUGCGACACAGUACUUCUCUGAGGUGAAUCUGUUGGGGAAGAGCAAAUUCUCUUCUGUCUACAAAGGAGUGUUGAGAGAUGGUUCUCUUGUAGCUGUUAAGAGCAUUAAUGUAACCAGCUGCAAGUCUGAGGAAGCUGAAUUUGUGAAGGGACUGCAUUUACUAUUUUCACUAAAUCAUGAAAACCUUGUCAAACUGAAAGGUUUCUGCUGCUCUAGGGGCAGAGGUGAAUGCUUCCUUAUCUAUGAUUAUGCUCCUAAUGGAAGCCUCUCUCGAUAUCUUGAUGUACUAGAUGGAAAGAACCAAGUCCUUGACUGGUCCAAGAGAGUUUCUAUCUUAAAUGGCAUUGCAAAAGGUAUUGGAUACUUGCACAGCAGUGGAGAAAACAAACCGGCCAUGAUUCACCAAAAUAUCUCUCUUGAAAAGGUUCUCAUCGAUCAGCAAUUUAAGCCAUUGAUUUCGGACUCUGGCCUCCCUAAGCUGCUUGCUGAUGACAUUGUCUUCUCGACUCUGAAGACGAGUGCAGCGAUGGGAUACCUAGCUCCUGAAUAUAUCACCACUGGUCGUUUCACCGAGAAAAGUGAUGUAUAUGCAUUUGGAGUCAUUGUCCUCCAAGUUAUAUCAGGAAACCUACAACUCAACACUUUGAUGAAGCUGGCUGCAGAAUCAUGUAGAUAUGAGGAAUUCGUCGACACCGAGCUAGAAGGGCGAUUUUCAGAAUCUGAAGCAGCUGCACUGGGAAAACUCGGACUGGUGUGCACCCACGAGCUUCCUGACCAAAGGCCAACAAUGCAGACAGUGACCGAGGAACUAAGCAACCUUGAAAACAAUGCAAUAGACUGCUCCAGAUAUUGACCACCAAGAUAGGCCGUCAAUAGUGUCACCCUCAGUGGAGAUUAGAGCUCGGUAAGGAGGUUGAACACAGGCUCAUUGAAACUAGAGGCGGUCGAAACCACAUCUUGGAAACCAAACUUCAAGCCACAUCAACAUGUUCAAUGCAUAGAAAAGAAGUUGGUAGCUUUAUAUUUCUGUAAUACACCUAGAUCAUGGGUUCUCAUUCAUUUUAGGAGGGUGCCGAUUGCCUACUACUUUGUAUGUAUAACUAUGCUGAAAUAAUCAUCAAUAGAAUCACAACC